AUGGGUGACCAGAGCCUUCCGCUUGAGCGUUCAUGGUACAUUGGAAAUACAUUCUUUGCAAUCCUCUAUGGCUUGCAGCUAUCGAUGUACCUUCAGUCGAUGUACCACCUCAAUGUCGACACGGCUAACCUGAAGGCAAAGCGAAGCUCUAAAGUCUUUUACAUGGCCUACUCUUCGCUGCUAUUGGUCUUGAUUACCAUCGCGUUUGCUGCAAACCUCUGGUUCGGAGAAGCCAUGUGGAUUGAGCAUCGCGAUAUCGAGGGCGGACCUGUCGAGUUUUUCGGAGAAAAUAUUGCGGCUUGGUAUAACACGUUUGGAACUGCGGCGGACGUGACAGCCAACGUGCUGGGCGAUGGAUUAAUGCUCUAUCGGUGCUUUAUUUUCUGGGGGCAUAUGAAGUUGGCAAUGGUCUUCCCAACGCUCAUUUACCUCGCAUCCGUCGCGAUGGGAAUCACGACCACGAUACAAAGCGGCCUGCCUAAUGGGAACUUCUUCCAAGGUGUGACGGUGAAUUUUGGUAUCCCAUGGCUUGUCCUCACAAUUGUGUUCAACAUCCUCGUUACUGCCAUGAUCGUCGCUCGCCUUCUCUGGGUGCAGAAUAAAAUGAGCAGCGUUCUCGGCACCGAUGUCUCGAAGCGGUACACCGGCUUGCUCGCCGUACUAGUAGAAUCAGCGCUCCCAUUCACUGUGCUUGGGAUCGUCUAUUUGGCGUUGUACAUCCGCAAUCUUCCGGAGGCUUUGUCUCUUGCCGAUAUUUGGGGCGCUGUGGUCGCAUUAUCACCGCAAGCUAUUAUCCUGAGGCUAGCAGUGGGAGCAGGGUGGACAAAAGACGCAUUUGACCGUGUGUCGACGGGUAUGGAGUUGUCUGUUGUCAACCACGGAGGCGAAGAGCAGGAGGAGUCACAACGGAGCAAAGCGUCGCAUCCUUCGUCCCAUGUCUGA